AGCGUGUAUGAUAUUCAUUUGCAGUUUUAUGGAAUUGGAUCAAAGAGAGCACUUCUUCAAGCGUUUUGUGAUGAAUUUCUGAGUGAUUUGACUCAUGUAGUUGUUGAUGCAUUCUAUCCAUCUGUAACUACUCGUAUCAUUCUACAGGAGAUGUUGAAUGCUUUCAAUUUUGUGUUCAUAAAUGUCGACACAAUGUUGGCGUAUAAAGAAGAGCUGUUUGCGAGUGAAUCGAAACUGUUGGGAUUGAAUGCGAAAACAUCGGGUCGUGCGCAUAGUCAAGCAUCAUUGGAUGUGCUCUGGGCAUCGUUAACGUUCAACUCACGUAUGGUACUUCAUAAAUUGGCCAAAUUAUACUACGCGAGAAAACAAGCUAUCGAAUUCUUUGAUCUAUAUCGUCAAUCAAGGUACAUUGUUCAUAGCGUCGUUAUAAUCGUAAUUUUUUAG